AUGCGUCUCAUCACGAUUCUUUUAGCGAUUGCGCUAUGCAUGGUGCUGGUGCUGGCGAAGGAGGAUUACUACAAGAUCCUGGGGCUGGAUAAAUCGGCCUCGGAGCGGGAUAUCAAGCGCGCGUAUCGGACGUUGAGCAAGAAGUUCCACCCUGACAAGAACCCUGGUGACGAGACCGCCCGCGAGAAAUUCGUCGAAAUCGCUGACGCCUACGAUGUCCUCUCGACCGCGACAACCCGCAAGAUCUACGACCAGUACGGACACGAAGGGGUUGAGCAGCACCGGCAGGGCGGGACGGCCGGGCGACAGGCCAAUGACCCCUUCGACCUCUUCUCGCGGUUCUUCGGCGGCGGCGGGCACUUCGGGCACGCGCCGGGCCACCGGCGCGGGCCGGACAUGGAGAUGCGGGUGGGCCUGCCGCUGCGCGACUUCUACACGGGGCGGGAGAUCCGGUUCAUGCUGGAGAAGCAGCAGAUCUGCGACGCGUGCGAGGGGACCGGGUCGGCGGACCGGGAGGUAGUCACGUGCGACCGGUGUUCGGGCCGCGGGAUGGUGAUCCAGAAGCACAUGCUGGCGCCGGGCAUGUACCAGCAGGUGCAGAUGCCGUGCGACCGGUGCAGGGGCCAGGGGAAGACGAUCAAGCGGCCGUGCGGGGUGUGCCACGGGCAGCGGGUGGUGCGGCAGGAGGUGGAGACGACGGCGACGGUGGAGCCGGGCAUGGGCAAGGGGACACGGCUGGUGUUUGAGAACGAGGGCGACGAGAGCCCCGAUUGGAUCGCGGGCGAUCUGAUCCUGGUGCUGGACGAGAAGGAGCCCGAGUUCGCGGCUGCGGCCGACCAGCGCUCCGACGGCACCUUCUUCCGCCGCAAGGGCCGCGAUCUGUUCUGGCGCGAGGCGCUGUCGCUGCGCGAGGCCUGGAUGGGUGACUGGACGCGCAACAUCACGCAUCUCGACGGCCAUGUCGUGCAGCUGGGCCGCAAGCGCGGCGAGGUCGUCCAGCCGCUGGCCGUCGAGACGGUCCACGGCGAGGGCAUGCCCUUCUACGCGGAGGGCCACCUGCAUGAGCACCACGACCAUGACGAGGAGCCCGGCAACCUGUACGUCGAGUACAACGUCAUUCUCCCGGACCAGAUGGAAAGCGGUAUGGAGAAGGACUUCUGGGCCAUGUGGGAGAAAUGGCGCAAGAAGAACGGGGUGGAUCUGGGCAAGGACAGUGGCCGGCCGAUCCCAGCGGAGCCCAAAGAUGAAUUAUGA